AUGCUCGGUACGUAUAGCCCGUUAGCUACAGCUGCAGAAUAAAGAAGUGUGCUUGAAAAUGGUCAAAUUGCUACUACUGGUCGCUGCGUUCGCUAUUACUAGUACUGUACUACUAGUGGAAGCUGCAUCACUGCAAGACCGUGUUCGAAAGCGGCAGGCACCACCGGGACCUCCUGGGCCACCCGGUCUCCCCGGUGUACAAGGCCCACCUGGGCCUCCUGGAGCUCCCGGACCAGCAGGUCCUCGAGGGGAAAAAGGAGCGAUUGGAGAAUCUGGCCUACCAGGGCCCACGGGUCACCUGGAGAGCAGGGGUUCGAAGGGUUUCCAGGAGAACGGGGUCCUCAAGGCCCGGCUGGACCUGCUGGACCGCCUGGAUCCCCCGGAGCACAACCAGUUCAACUUGCCAAUGGAUCCAUCGUUAUUGAGGGCCCACAGGGCGCGCCAGGUGCAUCCGGUGCACGAGGACCAGCCGGGUUUCCAGGAUUGA